UCCUUUCUGGAUUCCAUUGUUAAUUGAUUUGUGAAUAUGGGCGCAGAGCAAUCAGCCCUGUUGGUUUGCACUCAGACAGGAAAGCCAGAAAAACCUCUGGAACUGAUCAACUCCGAGCUGUUUUUCCGAUCUUAUUUUGAAAAUAUGCCGGAGCCUGUGACGGGUCCUGUGACAGAAGCGCUGUUGCACUUGGUAUCAAAUCUACACACGACAAGGAGAAACGUUAAUGCUGAAGAUGCUCAAUCGGUCCAUGAUGAAGAUGACAGCGAAGAGAGUGAAAGCGGCUUCAAUUCGGAAUAUAGCGAAGACAGUGAAAUGUCGUCGCCUUUUACAUCCUCCACUGGUACCGAUUCUGAUUUUGAGAUAGAGCCUCUGCAGAUAGCCGAAUUUGAUUCCAUGGACGAAUAUGAUAUACCUAAUGCCGAAUUUAUUGAUCCGCAUGCCCAUGAUCUCCCAUUUUUCGAGUCUCAUGAUUAA